CAAAAAGAAAAAGAAAAAGAAUGGGUCCUAGUCCAAUUCCAAACAUGGACGACUUUUACUGCACUGACUGCAAGAAACCCACGGAGAUAGUGUUGGAUCACUCUUUAGGUUUCCCUACUACCUUCUACUGCUCCGAGUGCGGCCAAAUCCUCCACCCCAUUCCGCACUACUUAACCUCUGAAUCCUUCUCCUCCGACGACAACGAAGAUUCCAACCAUGUCGGCGAGGACUCCUCACCUGACGCUGCCGGUGUGUUUUCAUUCGAUGCUGAGUGCCUGCCCACCAAACUCUCCCGGUCUUUCAAGGCCAUUGCUGUCAUGUCUGAGAGGUUAGGACUUCUUCCAACUAUAAAGGAAAAAGCCCAUGAAAUAUAUAAAAAAGUAGAAGAUAAAAAAUUUCUGAGAGGACGGAGUCAAGAUGCAAUUUUGGCUGCUUGCCUAUACAUUGCUUGUCGUCAAGAAAACAAAACUCGAACUGUAAAAGAAAUUUGUUCUAUUGCCAAUGGAACAACAAAGAAAGAUGUCGGUCGGGCAAAAGAGUCUAUUGUGAAACAUCUGGAGGUAGAGGGUCAAUCCUUUGAAAUGGCAUCUAUACAUGCUGAGGACUAUAUGAGACGUUUUUGUUCCAAUCUUGGAAUGGCCAGUCAGGAAGUCAGAGCUGCCCGAGAAGCUGUGUUGAAAUCUGAAGAGCUUGAUAUAAGGAGGAGCUCAAUAUCUGUGGCAGCAGCCAUUAUUUACAUGAUAAUGCAACUGACAAACAAGAAGAAAUCGCUCAAAGAUAUUUCUGUUGCUACUGGUGUUGCUGAAACCACAAUCAAGCAUUCCUUUAGGGAUAUUCAUCCUCAUCUGUUAGAACUUGUACCAAGGUGGUUUGCCAAGGAGAAAGAUAUUGCGAAUCUGGUUCCUUCCUAGAUGGGGAUACUAAUUCUUCAUUGCACCAUUCACAGAGCUUGACAGUUCUUCAUUUGGACAUUAAACUUUUUUUUUUCGUUUAAACAUGUAAAUACAGUAGGGAUUUCUUUCAUCCUCUAGUGUCUGCAUACAUGCUGAAUGAUUUCUCAGCUAGUUGAUGAGAUUUCAUGUGUUUUUUCGGUGAGAGUUUCAUUCAUAUUGCAGUUUAAAAGCAUGAGUAUUCUGUGA